AUGCCCAAAUUGUCAUCAAAAGGAGCUUUUUUUGAUGACGCAGCAACUAUUUGUCUGAUAAAUCUUAGAAUUGAAAUGGACCAAAAAUUUGACAGCAGUCAAUUCCGAAACAAUGCGUUGUGGGAUGAGAUUUCGGAGUGCAUGAAUAAGAAAAAUUUUAUGUUCAAUGGCGAUGAGUGCAAGGCAAAAAUGCUCAACUUAAUGGACCUGUAUAAAGAAGCGAAGGAGAACUCAACGGGCAAUGUAGUUAAAGAACUGGACUAUUUUGAUCUCAUGGAAAGCUUUAUGGGGAAUUGGGGUAAUGUGCAGCCUGAGUGCCAAUUUAGUUUUGGUAUCAUGCCCCCAGAUUAA